AUGAAACGCAAGUUCUCUCGCUUCUGCAAGGACGUGAAAGCCAUUGCCGCCUUCGUCUCUUCGCGUACUCGCAAUUCGGCUUCGAGAAGCACCACCAUCUCUCCUUUGCUUCCGAAUGCGUCGGCUUCGCUUGUUCCUCCUUUACCGGCUUCACUCAAAAACGGUCAUCAUAUUACUUCUCUUGCUCCUCCUACUUCACUUCCUAGUUCACUGCGAACUCGAACCAAUUGGGUUUACGAAACCGCUCUUCCCAAUCACCACCACCUCACCACCACCCUCUCCUGGUACACAACACCCACCGCGUCUCUGAGCGGAACAGAGGCCGGGAACUCAAAGUACGAGAGCGCCGAAAUAGCAGUCGUCUGGGAUUUCUCCCAAGUUAAGUACGACACGGGACUGGACCCCGUCGAGGAGUGUACAUUGGCCUACAAAGGCGAAAGGCUCCAUGGCAUCGAGGCUCGGCUCACCAGAAAUGGGCCAUUCGACGAUGUUCUGAUACAAUGCAGUGGAGUGGAGACGGAGGGUCUGGAGGAGAAUCCAGCGCUGUCCGUUCAUAUAGGGAAGCAGCCUGCAUUGAAGGUGAGGAAGUUGCAUUGGAACUUCAGGGGAAUGCAAACGAAGAUUUUGGCGGAUGGCUUGAAGGUCGAGAUUGCGUGGGAUGUACAGGCUUGGUUGUUCAGAGAAGAACAAUCAAAUGCGAAAAAAAAGAAGAAUCCACCAGAAUUUGCGACGUUCACUUUCACGACACGACAUGGAUCCACCUUUUUUCAUUGUUGA